CUGGAGGGAUUCCACACACCCACUCUACCUUGGCAAAUAGGAAACUGCCAAGCCGGGGACAAGGAGCAAAGUCCUGGACAGGGGGUGGAGACCAGUCCCCAUAGAGGCCAGGCAGAGGGAAGAGUCCAGUACCCCGUGGGAAGUGCCACUCAGAACUGGUCUGCCAUGGACGUCCUUGUCCGACUCCUGCAGCUACUGGUGCUGCUCCUGACGCUGCCCCUACACCUGAUGGCUCUGCUGGGCUACUGGCAGCCCCUGUGUAAAAGCUACUUCCCCUACCUGAUGGCCCUGCUGACCACCAAGAGCAAUCGCAAGAUGGAGAGCAAGAAACGGGAGCUCUUUAGCCAGUUAAAGGAGCUUGAGGGAGCCUCCGGGAAGGUGGCCCUGUUGGAGCUGGGCUGUGGAACUGGUGCCAACUUCCAGUUCUACCCACCUGGCUGCAGGAUCACCUGCCUGGACCCAAAUCCCCACUUUGAGAAGUUCCUGACAAAGAGCAUGGCUGAGAACAGGCACCUCCAAUAUGAGCAAUUUGUGGUGGCUCCCGGAGAGGACAUGAAGCAGCUGGCCGAUGGCUCCAUGGACGCGGUGGUCUGCACUCUGGUGCUGUGCUCUGUGCAGAGCCCCAGGAAGGUCCUGCAGGAGGUCCAGAGAGUGCUGAGGCCGGGAGGAGUGCUGUUUUUCUGGGAGCACGUGGCUGAGCCACGUGGCAGCUGGGCCUUCAGGUGGCAGCAAAUUCUAGAGCCCACCUGGAAGCACAUUGGGGAUGGCUGCUGCCUCACCAGAGAGACCUGGAAGGAUCUGGAGAACUCCCAGUUCUCUAACAUCCAAAUGGAACUACAGCCCCCUCUCUUCAAGUGGCUACCUGUUGGGCCCCACAUCAUGGGAAAGGCUGUGAAAUAACCUUCCCAGCCCAAGGCGAUCAUUUGCUCCCUCCGCACCAGCCUCAUCUGUCUCACACCCAGCGGGGUCUGGUAGAAGAAUGAGAGAAGCCCUCCCCUCACCACUCUAGUCCCUCUGUCCCCACCUCUCCUGGGGGAAGCUCUAACUUCAGUCCCUCCUUCCACAGUAAAAGAGCCCUACUCCUACCCUGACCAGAGGGAGGAAAGA